GUCUGUGUGUCUGUCUAUGUCUAUGUGUCUGUCUAUGUCUGUGUGUCUGUCUAUGUCUGUGUGUCUGUCUAUGUCUAUGUGUCUGUCUAUGUCUAUGUGUCUGUCUAUGUCUGUGUGUCUGUCUAUGUCUGUGUGUCUGUCUAUGUCUGUGUGUCUGUCUAUGUCUGUUUGUCUGUCUAUGUCUGUGUGUCUGUCUAUGUCUGUGUGUCUGUCUAUGUCUAUGUGUCUGUCUAUGUCUGUUUGUCUGUCUAUGUCUGUGUGUCUGUCUAUGUCUGUGUGUCUGUCUAUGUCUGUGUGUAUGUCUAUGUCUGUGUGUCUGUCUAUGUGUCUGUCUAUGUCUGUGUGUCUGUCUAUGUGUCUGUGUGUCUGUGUGUCUGUCUAUGUCUAUGUGUCUGUCUAUGUGUCUGUCUAUGUCUGUGUGUCUGUCUAUGUCUAUGUGUCUGACUAUGUCUGUUGGUCUGUCUCCUCUCUCCAGACCGAGGAGAACACAGUGAUGAAGGAUGCUCUGGGGAAGAUGAAGAACUCCAAGGAGAAACACAUGUGCUGGCAGGACGGACGGUUGUUUGAAGAUAAGGAGGACUGGGUGGUGGACAGCUGCACCACAUGUACCUGCCAGGUAGGAGACAUACAGACCACCUUAAAUGGAGAGACAUGAGAGACAUAGAAUGUGCUAGGGGGGAUAUGGUUAUACAUUGAUUGAUAGAUUUGGUUGGUUAAUUGGUUGGUUGAUUAAUUGAUCCCAAAUGAAUCAGUCCUCAACAUUUGACCGGUGCCCAGAUCCUAUGGUCUUACAAGACACUAAUUCAUACAUAGGUCACCUAUAGCAACUAAUGUCAAAACAUUUUUUUUUUGCUGCUCAUGGCAGGACUCAAAGAUUGUGUGUCACCAAAUCACCUGUCCUCCUGUGGCCUGUGCUAGCCCCUCCUUCAUCGACGGAGAGUGUUGCCCUGUGUGUCUGCGUAAGUAGCCACUCAUUCUACACACCAUUCUAUCAUUAAAGCUACAAUGUACCCUUGCAAAAGUCUAAUCCUGACCCAUGACCAUUGAACAGAAGGCAAAAUAGCAGAAUGUGGCUUUAAUAACUGUUUACAUGAGCUUUACAGGAGUAAUCGCAAUUAGGAAAUGUACUGAAGUGAAAACGAGACUCCUGAGCCCUGUAAAAACAAUGGCAUCACAUUUACCAAUAAACAACUUCUCUCACAAACACACCUUGCUUCAUUUCACAUCUGACUGAAGUCCUUUCUAGAUCCAAAGCCUCCGAUGCCUGAUCUGAGUACCGGAAAAACAAAGUUUCUAUGCAUAUUAAGUUUGAAUAAUAGAGCCGUGUUAUUGUUGUACAGCUGGUUGGUCUGUAAAGGGACGACCACGUUUUAUUGUUCUACAUGAAAACAGCAGGACUACAGGCUGCCAUGCUCUGAAUUGCUGAAGUGGUCACUGUGAACAUGACGUCAUAUAAGACGGAGCUGCUCUUCCUCCUGGGGAAGGACUGCCCGCUCCAUGAUCUCGCCAUCACGGUUGACAACUCCAUUGUGUCCUCCUCCCAGAGUGCAAAGAACCUUGGCGUGACCCUGGACAACACCCUGUCGUUCUCUGCUAACAUCAAAGCGGUGACCCGAUCCUGCAGGUUCAUGCUCUACAACAUUCGCAGAGUACGACCCUGCCUUACACAGAAAGCGGCACAGGUCCUAAUCCAGGCACUUGUCAUCUUCCGUCUGGAUUACUGCAACUCGCUGUUGGCUGGGCUCCCUGCCUGUGCCAUUAAACCCCUGCAAUUUAUCCAGAACGCUGCAGCCCGUCUGGUGUUCAACCUUCCCAAGUUCUCUCACGUCACCCCGCUCCUCCGCACACUCCACUGUCUUCCAGUUGAAGCUCACAUCUACUACAAAACCAUGGUGCUUGCCUACGGAGCUGUGAGGGGAACUAACACAUUACUUAUUUACUUGUUUAAAGAAAUGUACUUAUUGUGAUUGAGAUGUAGUUGUCCCUGAUUGCAUUGACUUUGCUCACAGCUGCUUGUUUGAAGAAGUGUACUUACUGUGAUCAAGAUGUGGUUGUCCCACUGGCUAUCCUAAGUUGAAUGCACCAAUUUGUAAGUCGCUCUGGAUAAGAGUGUCUGCUAAAUGACUUAAAUGUAAAUGAUAUAAAACCUAAGAAUCAAAACCGACUACUCUCCAGAGUUUUGUUUCUCUGCAUCUUUUGAACCGUUCCUAGUUCCAACAAUGACACAGAGCAACUGUAGAGGAGAUGGUGUGGUAGGGGAAACAUGCAAUAAUGCAAUGAGUUUACUUCAUCGUAGAAAGAUAGCUCUGCAUGUUUAUUUUGUUAAAGUUUUGGUUAAUUAAAUUGAAUGUAAAUAAUGUAAUUUUUUUAUGAGAGCUUAUUUUGUUAAAAAAUAUAUAAAUCAAUCUAGAUAGCAGUGUUUUCACUUUUCAGAGCCAGAAAAAUAUGAUUUGUCAUUAAUAACCCCUUGAGUGAUUCUGUUUCCUCCAGCUAAGGACAGUGAGGAUGGCUGGUCCCCCUGGUCAGAGUGGACAGAGUGUACUGUCACCUGUGGGACAGGUACUCAACAGAGAGGACGCUCAUGUGAUGCCACCAGUAACCCCUGCUCUGGACCAUCCAUCCAGACCAGGAAAUGCAGCUUAGGAAAAUGUGACAGCCGAGGUGAGUCAACGUCUCUGCUAUAGUCUCCUUUGUGUCAACCUACCUUGUGGUUUGUUGAACUCUAUUGGUUAGACUGUUUUAACUCUAAAGUUUGUUGCGAUUUUAAAUACACUUGAUAUAAAGUUUGAUUUAAUAUGAUUUGAUUAGACCAACUAAGGACCUUUGGAUGAGCAUGAUGGCACCUCUCUCUAGCUCCCAACUCAUACCAUUACCACUGAGUAAGUUAGAAUAGUUUUAGCCAAAAAAGUGUUUACAGACAAAAGACAAUGACAACAUAAAUACAAUAUUUUCCUGCAACUGCCAUGUUAAAGUGUGUUUGUUUCUGUGUGCACAUGAGUGUGUUUGUGCAUGUGAGUGUGAGUGUGUGUGUGUGAGUGUAUGUUUGUGAAAGGAUCAAGAGAGAGGAUGAUGUCGUUAGAAGCAGCUGUGUAAUGAUGGAAAAGGGGACAAAGUGACUGAAUAGAAAUAUAGGGUACUGCUCUGCUAGGCUGGAGAUGGCUGGACAGGGACCUCAUCCCUCUCUGACUCAAAAUACUUGUCUCUGUCUCUGUCUCUGUCUCUCUCUCUCUCUCUCUCUCUCUCUCUCUCUCUCUCUCUCUCUCUCUCUCUUUCUCUCUCUCGAUCUCUCUCUCUGUCUCUGUCUGUCUGUCUCUCUCUCUCUCUCUCUCUCUGUGUCUGUCUGUCUCUCUCUCUGUCUGUCUGUCUCUGUCUGUCUCUCUCUCUCUCGCUCUGUCUCUGUCUGUCUGUCUGUCUCUCUCUCUCUGUCUGUCUGUCUGUCUCUCUGUCUCUGUCUAUCUCUCUGUCUGUCUCUCUUUCUCUCUGUCUGCUGUGGGAAAUAGAUCCCGUACAUGUCUGUAGAGGGUGUGUCCAUCCUGUUAGCUCUAAAGGGUAUUCCACCCAGCACUGACUCACUAGUACCCCCCAAACAAUGUGACCCAUAGUGAUCUACAUAUCAGUGGUUUAUUAUACUGCAACCAAAUGACCCAGAAAUUGAUAAUAAAGGCCUUUUGAAUCUGAAUAAUAAACGCAAUUUAGCAGACACUUGUAUCCGAGGCAACUUACAGUCAUACGUGCAUACAUAUUUAUUUAUUUUUGUGAUCCUGGGAAUCAAACCCACUGUUCUGGCGUUGCAAGCAGCAUGUUCUACCAAAUGCGCUACAGAGGACCACCAUAUUACAUGUAUGUCUUUCCCCAAUACACUGCCUUGACUGACCCUGUGUCCCUGUGUGUGUUCAGUUCGUCAGGACGGUGGGUGGAGCCUGUGGUCUCCAUGGUCAUCAUGUUCGGUGACGUGUGGCGAGGGCCAGAUCACCAGGAUACGCCACUGCAACGCCCCCACACCACAACUGGGGGGCAAAGACUGUGAGGGCCAGGGGAGAGAGACACAGCGCUGUGAGGCAAAGCCCUGUCCCAGUGAGUAUGGUGGCCCAAGAGGGACAACACAGACAGACAAGCACAUUGUCCAUAUCAGACCUGGGGUCAACAUUUUUGUUUUCUUUCAAAUACUUUAGCUGUGCACUGAUUGAGCUUGCCUCUUUCUUUAGGAAGAUAAUAAAUACUUUGAUCUGAUGAAUAACCACUGACCUGGAUUUAAAAACAGGCAGAAUAAGAAGUUUUACAGCUUGUUCCACUGAUAUAGGAGGGGCACCAUUCACAUGCUAAACAUUCUGUCUGUCUUUUAUAAAACGUCAAGCUCAAAUCAACUCUGCAUAGUGCCCUACUGCGGUUAUAGCUUCCAGACUGCAACACGGCUGAGAAUGUAAUGACCCCUACAAGAUGUGUAGAGUGGUUCGUGUGUGACUGUAGGCCUACAACUACCGUACUACUGUAAUUCACUUUCUUAUGGUAAAAGAGACAGUAAUGUAAAGUAGUAAAACCUCACCAUGGACUCUUGAAGACUAGCCCCCAAAUGAUCUAAAAGAGAUCCUAACAAACAUUGUGAUGAUCUACUAACUGUUUAUUUGUUGUCCAUGUGCAGUUGAUGGUGGUUGGGGACCGUGGUCGCCAUGGGCGAUAUGCUCAGCAACCUGUGGGGGCGGAGUUAAGGGUCGGACCCGUGUCUGUAACAGCCCUGAACCCCAGUACGGAGGCAAGGAGUGCCCCGGGGAGACCAACGACAGUAACGCCUGCAACAAACAGGACUGCCCUAUCGGUGAGUGAGUGUGUACGUGUCUGUGUGUGGACUGUGUGUGUUUGUGUGCAUGCGUAUGUGUGUGUCGCACCCAGCACCUCUGACCCAACCCCUUAUCCCUUUCCCUCGGUCACUUUGAGUUAUUCUAACCUUCCCUCACUCCCAUCAAGUUAUUUCAGUACAUUCUAGCAUUCCUGUUGAGGUAUUAUUCCUCAUUUAAACAUUCCUGUGAUAUGUGCUCUUAGAAUGGCCUCCAGGCAAAAGAAGAUCACAUAUUUGUGCUGAAAACAAAGUCUGGGAGGAUGUGUUUGGCCUAUUAGGAGAAGGAAGAUAUUAGCUAAUGGUAACAUUGUGUUUGGGCAACAAGCUCUGAAAGCACUGAAACCUGCUAAUUUGGAGAGAAAUGAAGGGAGCAACCUGAAGGGAGCAACCUGAACAACCUGGAGAAGCUAAAUGUCAAUAUGCGAUAUACAGUAUCAAUACACAAAUGUCCAAACGUAGCUGCAUUAGGCAUGUCCUGGUUCUCUUCCUUACCAUAACCGGUCGCCAACAAAUUGUUUCCCUUCACAUGGCUGUUUUUGUUAUAGCUCUUUUAGACAGACAGCCGUCUGUCUAACCCAUGCUAAUCCCUGUCAGACAGCUGUCUGUCUAACCCAUGCUAAUCCCUGUCAGACAGCCGUCUGUCUAACCCAUGCUAAUCCCUGUCAGACAGCCGUCUGUCUAACCCAUGCUAAUCCCUGUCAGACAGCUGUCUGUCUAACCCAUGCUAAUCCCUGUCAGACAGCCGUCUGUCUAACCCAUGCUAAUCCCUGUCAGACAGCCGUCUGUCUAACCCAUGUUUUAUUGUUCCCUGUCAGACAGCUGUCUGUCUAACCCAUGCUAAUCCCUGUCAGACAGCCGUCUGUCUAACCCAUGCUAAUCCCUGUCAGACAGCCGUCUGUCUAACCCAUGUUUUAUUGUUCCCUGUCAGACAGCCGUCUGUCUAACCCAUGCUAAUCCCUGUCAGACAGCCGUCUGUCUAACCCAUGCUAAUCCCUGUCAGACAGCUGUCUGUCUAACCCAUGUUUUAUUGUUCCCUGUCAGACAGCCGUCUGUCUAACCCAUGCUAAUCCCUGUCAGACAGCCGUCUGUCUAACCCAUGCUAAUCCCUGUCAGACAGCCGUCUGUCUAACCCAUGUUUUAUUGUUCCCUGUCAGACAGCCGUCUGUCUAACCCAUGCUAAUCCCUGUCAGACAGCCGUCUGUCUAACCCAUGCUAAUCCCUGUCAGACAGCCGUCUGUCUAACCCAUGUUUUAUUGUUCCCUGUCAGACAGCUGUCUGUCUAACCCAUGCUAAUCCCUGUCAGACAGCUGUCUGUCUAACCCAUGCUAAUCCCUGUCAGACAGCUGUCUGUCUAACCCAUGUUUUAUUGUUCCCUGUCAGACAGCUGUCUGUCUAACCCAUGCUAAUCCCUGUCAGACAGCUGUCUGUCUAACCCAUGUUUUAUUGUUCCCUGUCAGACAGCUGUCUGUCUAACCCAUGCUAAUCCCUGUCAGACAGCCGUCUGUCUAACCCAUGUUUUAUUGUUCCCUGUCAGACAGCUGUCUGUCUAACCCAUGCUAAUCCCUGUCAGACAGCUGUCUGUCUAACCCAUGCUAAUCCCUGUCAGACAGCUGUCUGUCUAACCCAUGUUUUAUUGUUCCCUGUCAGACAGCUGUCUGUCUAACCCAUGCUAAUCCCUGUCAGACAGCUGUCUGUCUAACCCAUGCUAAUCCCUGUCAGACAGCUGUCUGUCUAACCCAUGUUUUAUUGUUCCCUGUCAGACAGCUGUCUGUCUAACCCAUGCUAAUCCCUGUCAGACAGCUGUCUGUCUAACCCAUGUUUUAUUUUUCCCUGUCAGACGGCUGUCUGUCUAACCCAUGCUAAUCCCUGUCAGACAGCUGUCUGUCUAACCCAUGCUAAUCCCUGUCAGACAGCCGUCUGUCUAACCCAUGCUAAUCCCUGUCAGACAGCCGUCUGUCUAACCCAUGUUUUAUUGUUCCCUGUCAGACAGCUGUCUGUCUAACCCAUGCUAAUCCCUGUCAGACAGCUGUCUGUCUAACCGAUGCUAAUCCCUGUCAGACAGCUGUCUGUCUAACCCAUGUUUUAUUGUUCCCUGUCAGACAGCUGUCUGUCUAACCCAUGCUAAUCCCUGUCAGACAGCCGUCUGUCUAACCCAUGUUUUAUUGUUCCCUGUCAGACAGCUGUCUGUCUAACCCAUGCUAAUCCCUGUCAGACAGCUGUCUGUCUAACCCAUGCUAAUCCCUGUCAGACAGCUGUCUGUCUAACCCAUGUUUUAUUGUUCCCUGUCAGACAGCUGUCUGUCUAACCCAUGCUAAUCCCUGUCAGACAGCUGUCUGUCUAACCCAUGCUAAUCCCUGUCAGACAGCUGUCUGUCUAACCCAUGUUUUAUUGUUCCCUGUCAGACAGCUGUCUGUCUAACCCAUGCUAAUCCCUGUCAGACAGCUGUCUGUCUAACCCAUGUUUUAUUUUUCCCUGUCAGACAGCUGUCUGUCUAACCCAUGCUAAUCCCUGUCAGACAGCUGUCUGUCUAACCCAUGCUAAUCCCUGUCAGACAGCUGUCUGUCUAACCCAUGUUUUAUUGUUCCCUGUCAGAUGGCUGUCUGUCUAACCCAUGCUUUGGAGGAGUGGACUGUAACAGCGCCUCUGACGGAUCCUGGGAGUGUGGACCCUGCCCCCUUGGUUUCCGUGGCAAUGGCACCCACUGUGAAGAUAUCGACGAGGUAAUUUAGGGUUAAAGAAGGUUACACAAGUUAGAUACUUUAACUAAUAGUUAGGUUAACCCUAACCUUAACCUUAGCUCUAAUCAUAGUGUAGAUCCCCAGGCUAUGCCUAACCCUAACCAUUAGUUCAUCCUGAACUCAUUCAUAUUCAUGACCUGUUACCCUAUUAUAAUCUGACCCUACUUCUGAUCCUCUUCCUCCUCAGUGUGACAUGGGCUCUGAUAGAUCAAUUUGAUUGAUUUAUUGAUUGAUUGAUUUGAUAUGAUCCUCUUCCUCCACAGUGUGAAGUGGGCUCUGAUAGAUCAAUUUGAUUGAUUGAUUGAUUGAUUUGAUCUGAUCCUCUUCCUCCACAGUGUGACGUGGGCUCUGAUAGAUCAAUUUGAUUGAUUGAUUGAUUUGAUCUGAUCCUCUUCCUCCUCAGUGUGACGUGGGCUCUAAUAGAUCAAUUUGAUUGAUUGAUUGAUUUGAUCUGAUCCUCUUCCUCCUCAGUGUGACAUGGUCUCAGAUGUCUGCUUUAAAGCUGGUGGAGCAUCGCGUUGCGUCAACACAGACCCAGGGUUCCACUGUCUGGCCUGCCCACCCCGCUACAAGGGAAAGCAGCCCUUCGGUGUGGGGGUGGAGGCCGCCAGCAAGAACAAACAGGUACGUCUGUGCCACUCUACAUCGGUUUUAGACCUAGUGUAUUCUUUAGGCAGCGUUUACACAGGCAGCCCAGUUACGGGUAAAAGAUCAGAAUUGGACCGCCUGUGUAAACGCAGCCUUAGACGCGUACACACAGACGCUUGACGCACGCAGACAUAAAACCUACCUCAAAGAUACUAUCUAGGGAAAGUAAAAGCCCCUAUAGCUGUAGAGCUGUCUGAAUUGGCAGUUCAAAGUUACGUGCCGUAUGCUCCCAAUAUUUAUGUCUGAUAGUAUUGUAGCCAGCCAAGGUAAUUCCUAAUUUUUGGAAUAUGUGUGUGCACUCUGCUCUAAGGGAGGCCUCCGGGCCACCAUACAUGAACAUGACACACCUUGACCCCGUAUCAGGAGAGAUAGAAGGGGAAGGAGGAUAGAAGAGUUAUGAAGCUAAUAGCAAACAUAUUUUAUUUGUAUUACUUGACACGGUCAUAAUCAUGUCAUAACAGCAGACAUAACUUGUCAUAACCUAUCAUAAUAUGGUCGUAACACUGUCAUGACCCAUAUAGUUACACCUUUUGUGACAUAUAUUGCGUUAUUUUAUGGCUGGUUAUGACAUCUACAUAAUAGUGUCAAAACCCACAUUUAUUCCCCCAAAAAAAUCCCUGCCAAGAAGUUUGUUUCUUAAAUCCUUUGUUGUUGUUGUAAGGAAUUCUUUACAGUCAUGUUUUUUCAAAAUAUUUAAAAUAAGUUGUAGAAAAUACACUUUAAGACACUGUCAUGAAGCAUUAUGACCAUUCUGUGUCACAUUACUUGGACUAAGAAAAUACACUUUAUGACACUGUCAAGAAGCAUUAAGUUUACAACGUAGGUCGAGAGAAAAAUUUGAGAUGACAGACAGUGACACAUGGACAGACAGUGACACAUUCAAUACCGCCUGGCACACUCUUGCCUGCAUCUAGCUUAUCUAGGGUGUAAUCAUUAGUCCAACAGUUGCAAACAAGAGUUUCUAUUGGACAAAUUCAGGUAUUUUUAUCCCCGUUUCGUUUGCUUCCGUUUAAGAAACGUUUUUCAACAGAAUCGGCAGAAUGAAUACACCCCUGAUCACGCAUAAACACAGUUCACUUUCAUGGUAGCCACUUCACUUUGUACGCCUCAAUGCACUCUACUCCUCUCACCUUUUCCCUUCGUUUGUGGACUUCAAAGAACAACACAUCAGCUGUAUGUGACCAGGCGAAAAUACCUUUCCAAGCCAAACCAUGUCAUAACCACUACACACAGCCUACAUCGUUGUCCCCAUAUUAGCUAAAGUAAAGUCCUAGUCAACAUAGCUAAUAGAACUAAUGCGUUAGAAAACCCGCUACAAUAAUGCAGUAACGUUACAGUGUAUAGUCAGUAAGCAGUUAGACCGGCGGGCCCUGGUGGCAAUAAAUUAAUAAAACCAAAAGCUUACCUUGACUUGGAAGAGUUCCAGUGUCGUGUUGGAUAGUCAUAGCCAGCUAGCUAACAUAGCAUCCCUCUAUUUGAGCCGGGUGUUUGAGAACUAAACUAGCCAGCUACAUUUGCUAGCUAAGUAAGUGAAACUGAAAGUGAAAAAAAAGGACAAAAUCUCUCUCUCUGUCUCUCUCUCUCCCUCUUGCUUCUCCUUCAUUUUUGAAUACAUUAAUUUGUUCAAAACUGUUCAACUAUUGUCUUUCUCUUUGAGUCAACUGCUCACCUUAUUUUAUGCACUGCAGUGCUAGCUAGCUGUAGCUUAUGCUUUCAGUACUAGAUUAAUUAUCUGAUCCUUUGAUUGGGUUGGACAACAUGUCAGUUCAUGCUGCGAGAGCUCUGAUAGGUUGGAGGACAUCCUUCCGGAAGUUGUCAUAAUUACUGAGUACGUUUAUGGAAGGGGGUGAGAACCAAGAGCCUCCUAGGUUUUGUAUUGAGGUCAAUGUACCAAGAGGAGGACUUAAGCUAGCUGUCCUCCGGCUACUCCAUGGUGCUACCCUACAGAGUACUGUUGAGGCUACUGUAGACCUUCAUUGCAAAACAGUGUGUUUUAAUCAGUUAUUUGGUGACGUGAAUUUAUAUAGUAUAGUUUUAUCUAAAAGGAUAACUUUUUCAAUGUUUUAUUUUAUUUUUUAUUUUUUAUUCACUGUGGAGGAUGGUCCUCCCCUUCCUCCUCCGAGGAGCCUCCACUGGUAGAGGUGGUAAGUGGUAUGAGGUUUGGUUUACAGUAUUACUGGAGGUGGUAUGAGGCUUGGUUUACAGUAUUAGUAGAGGUUGUAGGUGGUAUGAGGCUUGGUUUACAGUAUUAGUAGAGGUGGUAGUUGGUAUGAGGCUUGGUUUACAGUAUUAGUCGAGGUGGUAUGAGGCUUGCUUUACAGUAUUAGUAGAGGUGAUAGGUGGUAUGAGGCUUGGUUUACAGUAUUAGUAGAGGUGGUAUGAGGCUUGGUUUACAGUAUUAGUAGAGGUGGUAUGAGGCUUGGUUUACAGUAUUAGUAGAGGUGGUAUGAGGUUUGGUUUACAGUAUUAGUAGAGGUGGUAUGAGGCUUGGUUUACAGUAUUAGUAGAGGUGGUAUGAGGCUUGGUUUACAGUAUUAGUAGAGGUGGUAUGAGGCUUGGUUUACAGUAUUAGUAGAGGUGGUAUGAGGCUUGGUUUACAGUAUUAGUGGAGGUGAUAGGUGGUAUGAGGCUUGGUUUACAGUAUUAGUGGAAGUGGUAGGUGGUAUGAGGCUUGGUUUACAGUAUUAGUAGAGGUGGUAUGAGGCUUGGUUUACAGUAUUAGUGGAGGUGGUAGGUGGUAUGAGGCUUGGUUUACAGUAUUAGUGGAGGUGGUAUGAGACUUGGUUUACAUUAUUAGUAGAGGUGAUAUGAGGCUUGAUUUACAGUAUUAGUAGAGGUGGUAUGAGGCUUGGUUUAAAGUAUUAGUAGAGGUGGUAUGAGGCUUGGUUUCCAGUAUUAGUAGAGGUGGUAUGAAGCUUGGUUUCUAGUAUUAGUAGAGGUGGUAUGAGGCUUGGUUUAAAGUAUUAGUAGAGGUGGUAUGAGGCUUGGUUUAAAGUAUUAGUAGAGGUGGUAUCAGGCUUGGUUUCCAGUAAUAGUAGAGGUGGUGUCAGGCUUGUUUUCCAGUAUUAGUAGAGGUGGUAUGAGGCUUGGUUUCCAGUAUUAGUAGAGGUGGUAUGAGGCUUGGUUUACAGUAUUAGUAGAGGUGGUAUGAGGCUUGGUUUACAGUAUUAGUAGAGGUGGUAUGAGGCUUGGUUUUACAGUAUUAGUAGAGGUGGUAUGAGGCUUGGUUUACAGUAUUAGUAGAGGUGGUAUGAGGCUUGGUUUACAGUAUUAGUAGAGGUGGUAUGAGGCUUGGUUUUACAGUAUUAGUAGAGGUGGUAUGAGGCUAGGUUUCCAGUAUUAGUAGAGGUGGUAUGAGGCUUGGUUUACAGUAUUAGUAGAGGUGGUAUGAGGCUUGGUUUACAGUAUUAGUAGAGGUGGUAUGAGGCUUGGUUUACAGUAUUAGUAGAGGUGGUAUGAGGCUUGGUUUACAGUAUUAGUAGAGGUGGUAUGAGGCUAGGUUUACAGUAUUAGUAGAGGUGGUAUUAGGCUAGGUUUACAGUAUUAGUAGAGGUGGUAGUUGGUAUGAGAGCUAUAAAAUGUGUGGAACUUUACAAAGUAAUGUCUUUGUGUGUUUGAUGGUGUCUGUGUUAGCACUCUGUUUCCACUAUAACCACAAAUAUAAUUUAUGACUUUUUAAUGAUUUUCUGUUAGGUCAUCAGCUACUGGCACCACAUCUGUUGUGGUAUAAAUACAUUGUUUCUCCUUUAAACCUGUAAUAACUGUUGGGAAGUUUAAUCAUUUAGCUACACAACUCUGCUAUCCAAUAGACCUGGGUUCAAAUACUAUUUGAAAUAAUUUAAAAUACUAUCAGGGCUUGAUUGAGCUUGCCUGGCACAAUGGAACCAAUAGAAUAGUCACAACACUACAAACCCCGCCUAUCUGGCACUCCAGACAGGCAAAAGCAAACACUCAAAGUAUUUGAAUAAUCUCAAAUAGUAUUUGAACCAAUAUCUGCUCUUCCCUAACUUUGCAUAACAGAUCUAGUAAAUCACUGCUAUGUCACUGGUCUUUAAAAACUGGGCCAGCUCUGAUCCGAGGAUAACAUUGUACAAAUUGAUUUUAGGGAAGAGGAAAGGGAAUUGUCUCAUAGCUGGCAUUGAGCGCCUCUGUAUCCCAGAGCUGAUGAAAUAAAUCAAUGUAUUCUUAUUGGUCAUCACGCAACACUGUUGUAACGUUAUGGUAUGAGCUCAUGGAGUGGCAUCCACUCACAUCCUAUAGAUGGAUAGCUGUAGCCAUAGAGAUAUAACAGUGUUCUCUUGCUGUAGCUACACAAUACACUGUAUCAUAAUCCACAGGGCACAGGGGGCAUAGCAGAGCAGGGGGCAUAUAUGUUCAGAAGUACAGCCCUCACAUAUGGCAUGACAUAACAUGACAAGACAUGACAUGACAUCACAUAACAUCACAUAACAUCACAUAACAUCACAAGACAUCACAUGACAUAACAUCACAUAACAUGACAAGACAUGACAUAACAUCACAUGACAUAACAUCACAUAACAUGACAUCACAUAACAAGACAUAACAUUUGAGAAUACACUUCACGAUGGGAUUGAGACCCUGAUUUACUGAACUUUUACCAUGCUCUUCCUUAGGAAAUGAAAAGAUGUCAAAUUAGACAAAACAAAAUGUUUUAUUUAAGCAGUAAGGUCAGAGGGGGUGUGGUAUAUGGCUAAUAUACCAUGGCUAAGGGCUGUUCUUAGGCUGCUCGCUUUCUCUCUAUCUCAUCUCUAUCUCAAUCUCUCCAGGUCUGCGAGCCAGAGAACCCCUGCAAAGACAAGACCCACAGCUGUCACCGUUCAGCUGAGUGUAUCUACCUUAGCCACUUCAGUGACCCCAUGUAUAAGUGUGAAUGUAGGAUAGGCUAUGCCGGGGAUGGCUUCAUCUGUGGAGAGGACUCUGACCUAGACGGAUGGCCCAAUCAGAACCUGGUGUGUGGCGCCAACGCCAGCUAUCACUGCAGGAAGGUAACAGACCCUAACUUUAUGUUUCCUGGACCCAGAUUAAGCCUAGUCCAUAGUCCCCGAUUAAGCCUAGACCUUCCUGGACUUGUCCUGGAAUAAAAAUGAGUUUCAAUUGAGAUUUUCCAUUGAGCAUGCACUUUAGUCUAGGACUAGGCUUAAUCUAGGUCCAGGAAACUGUCCUUUUAACUUUCAUCCUCAAUACCAGACCUGCAGAUUUUCCACAUUUUCCAAUCUUACAGUAUGUCACUCGUUGAUAGUUCUUCCUGUGGCUAUUUCUAAAAAAGUUUCAAUUUCUUUAUCAAUCUUUAACAGGAUAACUGCCCCAACCUGCCUAACUCUGGACAAGAGGACUUUGACAACGACGGCCAGGGAGAUGCUUGUGACAAGGAUGAUGACAACGAUGGAAUCGUGGAUGAGAGAGUAGGAGACCUUUUUUAAAGGCCCUGUGAAGUCCAAAACGUUAUUGUCCUGUGUUUUUAUAUAUAUAUUUCCACACAAUGAGGUUGGAAUAAUAGUGUGAAAUAGUGAAAAUUAUGAUGAUGCCCUUUUAGUGCAAGAGCUGUUUGAAAAGAUCACCUGAAAUUUCAGCUUGUUUUGCAUGGGUGGAGUUUUGGCCUGCCUGACGAUAUCACCAGGUGGUAUAAGUUAAUAGACCAAUAACAAAGAGAGUUUCAAACCUAGCUAGUUUUCAGGUUACAUAUCCCUCCCAUUAGGCUCCUCCAAUUAGGCCCCUCACUCAGACCACUCCCAGACACUCCUAGCAAAAUUCUUGCUUGAGAAAUUGCUCUUUGCUAAGAAGCUUUUUUUGUUUAUUUUCAAAGAUUUUAAUUGAAAACAAUCACAGUUAGGUACUUGAUUGUUACCCAGAAAUGAUUUGAUAUUGAGAAAAAAACGGCUGCGUUGGACCUUUAAGGUCUUGGUAAGACAAUGGAAGUUUGCUUCAAAGGUCAAUGUUUUAUUGUUAAAACCAAUGCAUUUGGGCAAAUGCCUUCAUCAGGGUAUUUAGAUGAAUUCAAUAGGAAAUCAAAUGCCCUCUCCAAGAAAUGGACGCUCUAAUAAUACAUUAUGCUGCUCUCUCUUCUCAGGACAACUGUCCUCUCCUGUACAACCCCAGACAGUUUGACUUUGAUAAAGAUGACGUGGGUGACCGUUGUGAUAACUGCCCCUACGAACACAACCCUGCCCAGAUUGACACCGACCACAACGGCGAAGGAGACGCAUGCGCUGUCGACAUUGAUGGAGAUGGUACUAGUUAUUACUGACCAAAUUAGUAAAGAAUAUGCAUCGCCGUUAUAUUAUAGUCAUAUGCUGUGAGAUUAGGGAAAGGCUCCUUCAACUCUUAACUUUUAUAUGCCUCUAAUAUAUUAUUUAAAGGGAUACUUUAAACUGAUAAUUGAUCUCCUUCCCCAGAGUCAGAUGAACUCGUUGAUAGCAUUUUUAUGUCUCUGUGUGCGUUUUGAAGGAAGUUGCUAACUAGCGCUAGCGCAAUUGCUAACUAGUGUUAGCGCAAUGGCUGUUCGUCUAUGGGUAUCUGCUAGCAUGCUAGUCAUUGUGCUAACGCUAGUUAGCAUUGGCUUGUGAAACUACCUCUAGCUUCUUUCAUACUGGACACAGAGACAUAAAAAUGGUAUCCACGAGUUCAUCUGACUCUGGGGAAGUAAAUAAAGUGCAUCAUUGCCAAAAUCCCGAAGUAUCCCUUUAACAGAUAGUUAAUGGGUACUAAGAAAAUAUUUAAUGGAUUAUAUGCGGGAUAGUAAAUCAUGCAAAGGAAUGACUAGCUGGCAGAUUUGCGAUUCAUCUUUCCACCCUCAACUAUCAAGUGAUUGAUUAGCAUUAGCUACUUAUAUUGCACGGAAUGUGAUAUGCCACAUGCAAGCACAGGCAAGCAAAUAUCUAAGAUUAUGACUCAAGAUAAGUCCUGCACACACAAUAUUACCUCUGCACUUGUCAAUUGUCCAUUUCAUUGUGCAUUUCCCCUUUCCUUUAGAAAUCCCAAACGAGCAAGACAACUGUCCGUACGUGUACAACAAUGACCAGAAGGACACUGACAUGGAUAGAGUGGGUGACCAGUGUGACAACUGUCCUCUGCUACACAACCCUGACCAGGUAGGGAAAAGGAACAGUCCCUAUUACACAUACUUGUGUAAUUACAAAAGCUAACCCAUUGCUAUUAGGGUUGCUAAAUUCCAGAAAUGUUCCCAAAAUUCCCAGAAAUACCAGUUGUAGUUGGAGGAUUCGCUCCCUCCUUAUUCCUCAUUCCAGGAAUCUUCCAACUGGGAUUUCUGGAAAACGUUUUGAAAAUGAAGCUGGUAACUGUAACCUCUCCUCCCUUCUCCUCUCUUACAGGCUGACACAGACAAUGACCUGUAACCCUCUAUUCUCCUCUCUAACAGGCUGACACAGACAAUGACCUGUAACCCUCUAUUCUCCUCUCUAACAGGUUGACACAGACAAUGACCUGUAACCCUCUCCUCUCUAACAGGUUGACACAGACAAUGACCUCUAACCGUUUCCUCUCUAACAGGUUGACACAGACAAUGACCUGUAACCCUCUCCUCUCUUAACAGGUUGACACAGACAAUGACCUGUAACCGUUUCCUCUCUAACAGGUUGACACAGACAAUGACCUGUAACCCUCUCCUCUCUAACAGGUUGACACAGACAAUGACCUGUAACCCUCUCCUCUCUAACAGGUUGACACAGACAAUGACCUCUAACCGUUUCCUCUCUAACAGGUUGACACAGACAAUGACCUGUAACCCUCUCCUCUCUAACAGGCUGACACAGACAAUGACCUGUAACCCUCUCCUCCCCUCUCCUCUCUAACAGGCUGACACAGACAAUGACCUUGUAGGAGACCAGUGUGACAACAACCAGGACAUUGAUGAAGACGGUCACCAGAACAACCUGGACAACUGUCCUUACGUGGCCAACUCCAAUCAGGCAGACCACGAUAAGGACGGCAAAGGGGACGCCUGUGACUUCGACGAUGACAAUGACGGUAUCCCUGACGAUAGGGACAACUGUAGAUUGACGCCCAACAAAGAUCAACUGGACUCUGACGGUAAGGAGGAAAACACGUGUGCAUGGACGUAUGCGUACUCGCACACACACACACACACACACACACACACACAAACAGACACACACACACACACACACACACACACACACACACCAUGCAUUAGCAUGUUGAAUACCCUCACACCUUUGAAUAAUGCUGUGACUGUAGCUGUCUGAAUUAGUAGCCACUAGCUAUAGGUUGAUUCUGUAAUAGCCCUAUAUAGUAGAGAUAAUAUCUAUAAUCACACAGACCACUGCUUGUGAUACAGGAAUCUCCUUUUGAGGAUUCCCUGCACCUGUCCACCAUUAAACACAAAGCAGAACUUUUUUUACAUUCAUGCACCUGGGAACCCUAACCCUGCACCUGGGAAGCCUGCACCUGGGAACCCUAACCCUGGACCAAGGAACCCUAACCCUGCAUUGGGGAACCCUAACCCUAACCCUGCACCUGGGAAACCUGUACCUGUCCACCAUAAACACACAAGAGAUGCCUUUUAUCACCUUCCUUUUUCACUGAUCUUUUUAUAGUUCAAUAUGCCAUGUUCUAUUUCCCCUCUCUCUACAAAAUGGCAGGUAUACAGUGAAGUAUGGUAGAGGUUUAGAAGUAGUAUACGCACAUCCAGUAACUUGCAGGUGCAGGGUACAAAAAUGGAUGAAAGAAUAUAUAACAUAUCCGCACACUGUUGAAUGCUCCCGCUGUUUUAUUGUGCAAGUAUGGUGGGUGGGUGAGUCAGACAGGAAAGGGUUAACAAAAAUGAGUAUUUCUGGGUCAGUGUUAAUGAUGUCAUUAGCGUAUGACUUCAUUGUGCAGAGCUGGAACCCAUGAGGUCAUCAUGCGGCAGCUAGCCGCCCAGAGGCUAGGACAGGAAGUUUUCAUUCCGAAGGGGGCAUCUGGGCUCACUUGCUCUCGAUUAAUCCACAGUGCCCAAUUUCAAUUUCAUCAUGCAGGGUUACCUGGAAUUUGUUUUGUUGGCUUUAACCUGAAACAGUCUGUGCAGAGAGGGGGGAGAGGGAGGGAGGGAGGGAAAAGAUGGAGGAAGAGGGAGAGGGAGAAACAGAGAGAGGGAGAAAGAGAGUGUGCCAGAUCCCUUCAUCCUCUUCACAUCAGAACGUGUUUAUUUGAUAGAAUCAAGUAGAGGAGAAAGAUGAGGAAACAGGCUUUACAGCUCGUCUGUUUCUAAUAGACUAUGGCCUCUGAGAUAGUUACAUGUAUCAAUGGAAGUUGUCACGGCAUGCAGAGAUGGCUGAGACUCCUUAUUGGACUUGACGGACAUGCAGUAUUAAAAGCUACAGGUUCUUGGGAAGGAAUUGCGAUUAUUUUCUGUUCCAUUCUUUUAUGAAAACUUAGUAGACUGAAUGAAAAGUCUGCCUGGGGUGGGAAUGUUGCAACAUUACUGAUAGUGCGGAGACUAGAGAGUUAUAUAGGCCUACUGUAGUCGCCAGAAAUGAUGGACUUUGAGGUAAAGUUACAGGUUAAUAUGGAUCGUUCUUUACCAAUCGUGGACCCCAGGAAGAGUUGCUGCUGCUUCUGCAAAAGCUAAUGGGGUUGCAAAUAAUAAACAAAUAAAACCUUCCAUUAAAAGGGAAUAGGAGAGCAACAACCAAAGAUGGACUGCAUAUAUUAUGGAUUUUGACCCGUUUCAACCAUAGUCUUUGUCAAAGUUCUCACGCUAGGCCUCUGUAUUUUAACCCAACAUAUUGUAUUAUUUUAUCAACAGGCGACGGUAGAGGCGACGCCUGCAAAGACGACUUUGACAACGACAACAUCCCGGACAUCCUUGACGUGUGUCCUGAGAACAACGCCAUCAGCGUCACAAACUUCCGGAAGUUUCAGAUGGUGCACCUGGACCCCAAAGGAACCACGCAGAUCGACCCCAACUGGGUGGUUAGGCAUCAGGGCAAGGAGCUGGUGCAGACCGUCAACUCUGACCCAGGCAUCGCUGUUGGUGAGUAGGACAUAACCUCAAUAUGUAGUCCCUAUACUGCCGUAAAAUAUGUAAUUAUUAGAGAUAAAUUAGAGAUAUUUAAUUCACUACAGUUAAGAGAUGUGUAGAUUGUCAACUCUGACCCUGGCAUCACAGUGGGUGAGUAGAGCAGGACAACCUUACCUCAGAUACUUUAGUAUAUGUAGUGUACAUUAAAGUAUGUGGACACCCCAUCAAAUUAGUGGAUUCGGCUAUUUCAGCCACACCCGUUGCUGACAGGUGUAUAAAAUCAAGCACACAGCCAUGCAAUCUCCAUAGACAAACAUUGGCAGUAGAAUGGCCUUACUGAAGAGCUCAGUUACUUUCAACGUGACACCGUUAUAGGAUGCCACCUUUCCAACAAGUCAGUUAGUCAAAUGUCUGCCCUGAGAGAGCAGCCCCGGUCAACUGUAAGUGCUGUUAUUGUGAAGUGGAAACGUCUAGGAGCAACAACGACUCAGCCGCGAAAUGUAAGGCCACACAAGCUCACAGAACGGGAACGCCGAGUACUGAAGCGCAAAGCGCGUGAAUAUCGUCUGUCCUCAGUUGCAGCACUCACUACCGAUCUCCAAACUGCUUCUGGAAGCAACGUCAUCACAAUAAUUGUUUGUCAGGAGCUACAUUAAAUGUUUCCAUGGCCGAGCAGCCGCGCACAAGCCUAAGAUCACCAUGCUCAAUGCCAAGCGUCGGCUGGAGUGGUGUAAAGCGCUCCGCCAUUGGACUCUGGAGCAGUGGAAACGCGUUCUCUGGAGUGAUGAAUCACGCUUCACCAUCUGGCAGUCCGACGGAUGAAUCUGGGUUUGGCGGAUGCCAGGAGAACGCUACCUGCCCCAAUGAAUAGUGCCAGCUGUAAAGUUUGGUGGAGGAGGAAUAAUGGUCUGGGGCUGUUUUUCAUGGUUCGGGCUAGGCCCCUUAGUUCCAGUGAAGGGAAAUCCUAACGCUACAGCAUACAAUGACAUUCUAGACAAUUCUGUGCUUCCAACUUUGUGGCAAUAGUUUGGGGAAGGCCCUUUCCUGUUUAAGCAUGACAAUGCCCCUGUGCACAAAGCGAGGCCAAUACAGAAAUGGUUUGUCAAGGUUGGUGUGGAAGAACUUGACUGGCCUGCACAGAGCCCUGACCCAACCCCAUCGAACACCUUUGGGAUGAAUUGGAAUGCCGAUUGCGAGCCAGGCCUAAUCGCCCAACAUCAGUGCCCGACCUCACUAAUGCUCUUGUGGCUGAAUGGAAGCAAGUACCUGCGGCAAUGUUCCAACAUCUAGUGGAAAGCCUUCCCAGAAGAGUGGAGGCUGUUAUAGCAGCAAAGGGGGGACCAACUGCAUAUUAAUGCCCAUGAGUUUGGAAUGAGAUGUUCUUCGAGCAGGUGUCCACAUACAUCUGGUCAUGUAACGUUAGCUAACGCACUUUUGUACAUCGCGCUGUUCCGUACAUUUGACCUUAUUUUAGUGCCCCAAAAACGUAAUACUUCCAGGUCAACUGUAAUAUGAAUACCAUUGUAAAGCACAAUUUCUCCCCUUUCCACCAAAAUCAAUGACGAGACCUUCAUGCUGCCCGUCUCUGCAUGAUUGAAGAAAGCAAUGGAGCUCCGCCGGGUCUUUAUAAAAUGGCGGGUGGGGAAGUGAAAGCUACUGCGUCAUAGUGAAAGGGGGAGGAGAUAUGUCGUGUGGGGAACCGGCUUUUUUCACCCAAUUUGUCCAACUUAUCACCUCUAACAUGUAAAUAAAACACUAUAAAGAGUUUAUAUAAUGUCUCAUUACAUACCUAUUUGAAGGUUUGUGUCAAAUUUGAAUUGGGUUUUUAGGGCGGCGCUAAAUUUAUCUUCACAAUUAAACUGUGGAUGUCACGGUUUUUGAGAGUCAUGAUGGCUCGCAGUAAUUGAUUGAAUUAACUAUUUAUGAACUCACGAGUAAUUAACUUUACACUCACCAUUACACUCACCAUUGAGCAUUUAUUGUUUGUAAUCUGCGAGAGAAGCGCUACACCUGGUGGAAAGAGGCUGUACGGCACAGAAUGAGUUGAAUAAUGCUGAGUAUGUUACGUCGUUACGUCGUGACAUGUCACACUUUAGCGUACAGCGUCAGCGGGGUCAGUUUUUUUCAACUUUUCUCCAAUACUAUUGGUCCAUUACCAUGUCAAUCAAUGCUGAAUCGAAACCUAGUUCACACCCCGGAUUUUGAUGCCACCACAGUCGCUACAGUCCCAUUCGUUUUCAUUGCAGCCUCGUUUGAAUGCCGCGGUUGCCCACAUAUGGACGGAACGGAGUUAGCUACCGUUAAGUGUAUUCCCUUGUAGGGUAGCAAUAUUCCAGAAACUUUCCCAGAGUUCACUGAUAUUUCAGAAAUCCCAGUUGAAGGAUUCCCUGCCUUCUUAUAUCCUCCUGAAUCCUGAAUCCUCAAAAAAGGAGAAGUUGCAACCCUAUACAGUUGUAGGAUCAUUUAGAUCUGAGAUGUUUCCAUAUGCAAGAUGUCAAACUACUUCCAUUAUCUAUGAAUCGCACAAUGAGCAGAAGUAUUAUUCAAAUGUAUGUGUCCCACCAACCAUCCUUAAUAUUAACUUUUUCUGUUCCACCAUCCUAGGCUUUGAUGAGUUCAACGCCGUGGACUUCAGUGGUACGUUCUAUGUGAACACGGACCGGGAUGACGACUACGCUGGUUUCGUGUUCGGCUACCAGUCGAGCGGCCGCUUCUACGUGGUGAUGUGGAAGCAGAUCACUCAGACCUACUGGGAAGACAAACCCUCCAAGGCCUUCGGUAUCUCUGGUGUCUCCCUGAAGGUGGUCAAUUCAACCACAGGCACAGGGGAGAACCUGAGAAACGCCCUGUGGCACACAGGCAACACUAAAGAUCAGGUACGCUAAGAUCCAAUAUUCCAUCCAAAGUGGCCACUCACCCUGACACAGCUAAGUCAUCCAAAGUGUCGAUAAAAUGUAUAUAGUAUGUAUAAGUUGGAAGUAGAGGCCUAAGCGUUGUUGUUCACUAGUUUACUCCAAUUAGGGAAGGGGUGGUCGGGUUGGAAAGUAAUAAAGGGAAAUAUAAAUUUUUUAAGGAUAUGUAUAUAUAUGUAUAUGUAUUUAUAUGUAUGUAUGUGUAUGUAUGUAUAUGUAUGUAUGUAUAUAUAUAUAUACAGUGGGGGAAAAAAAGUAUUUAGUCAGCCACCAAUUGUGCAAGUUCUCCCACUUAAAAAGAUGAGAGAGGCCUGUAAUUUUCAUCAUAUGUACACGUCAACUAUGACAGACAAAUUGAGCUUUUUUUUCUCCAGGAAAUCACAUUGUAGGAUUUUUUAUGAAUUUAUUUGCAAAUUAUGGUGGAAAAUAAGUAUUUUGUCACCUACAAACAAGCAAGAUUUCUGGCUCUCACAGACCUGUAACUUCUUCUUUAAGAGGCUCCUCUGUCCUCCACUCGUUACCUGUAUUGAUGGCACCUGUUUGAACUUGUUAUCAGUAUAAAAGACACCUGUCCACAACCUCAAAUAGUCACACUCCAAACUCCACUAUGGCCAAGACCAAAGAGCUGUCAAAGGACACCAGAAACAAAAUUGUAGACCUGCACCAGGCUGGGAAGACUGAAUCUGCAAUAGGUAAGCAGCUUGGUUUGAAGAAAUCAACUGUGGGAGCAAUUAUUAGGAAAUGGAAGACAUACAAGACCACUGAUAAUCUCCCUCGAGCUGGGGCUCCACGCAAGAUCUCACCCUGUGGGGUCAAAAUGAUCACAAGAACGGUGAGCAAAAAUCCCAGAACCACACGGGGGACCUAGUGAAUGACCUGCAGAGAGCUGGGACCAAAGUAACAAAGCCUACCAUCAGUAACACACUACGCCGCCAGGGACUCAAAUCCUGCAGUGCCAGACGUGUCCCCCUGCUUAAGCCAGUACAUGUCCAGGCCCGUCUGAAGUUUGCUAGAGUGCAUUUGGAUGAACCAGAAGAGGAUUGGGAGAAUGUCAUAUGGUCAGAUGAAACCAAAAUAGAACUUUUUGGUAAAAACUCAGCUCGUCGUGUUUGGAGGACAAAGAAUGCUGAGUUGCAUCCAAAGAACACCAUACCUACUGUGAAGCAUGGGGGUGGAAACAUCAUGCUUUGGGGCUGUUUUUCUGCAAAGGGACCAGGACGACUGAUCCGUGUAAAGGAAAGAAUGAAUGGGGCCAUGUAUCGUGAGAUUUUGAGUGAAAACCUCCUUCCAUCAGCAAGGGCAUUGAAGAUGAAACGUGGCUGGGUCUUUCAGCAUGACAAUGAUCCCAAACACACCGCCCGGGCAACGAAGGAGUGGCUUCGUAAGAAGCAUUUCAAGGUCCUGGAGUGGCCUAGCCAGUCUCCAGAUCGCAACCCCAUAGAAAAUCUUUGGAGGGAGUUGAAAGUCCGUGUUUCCCCAUCGACAGCCCCAAAACAUCACUGCUCUAGAGGAGAUCUGCAUGGAGGAAUGGGCCAAAAUACCAGCAACAGUGUGUGAAAACCUUGUGAAGACUUACAGAAAACGUUUGACCUGUGUCAUUGCCAACAAAGGGUAUAUAACAAAGUAUUGAGAAACUUUUGUUAUUGACCAAAUACUUAUUUUCCACCAUAAUUUGCAAAUAAAUUCAUUAAAAAUCCUACAAUGUGAUUUUCUGGAAUUUUUUUUCUCAUUUUGUCUGUCAUAGUUGACGUGUACCUAUGAUGAAAAUUACAGGCCUCUCUCAUCUUUUUAAGUGGGAGAACUUGCACAAUUGGUGGCUGACUAAAUACUUUUUUUCCCCACUGUAUAUAUAUAUAUAUAUUUGCAAGAGAAAACAACAUAUGGGGGAUUGGAAGUGAUGCAGACAAUUACAUUGAUGGAAGUUACAAUCUAUCUGCAAUAUUAAAGCUGAUCUUUAGUAAUUCCUUUUUCUCCUUCUCUGUUGUCCACAGGUGCGCACUCUUUGGCACGACCCAAAAAACAUUGGCUGGAAGGAUUACACAGCCUACAGGUGGCACCUCAUCCACAGACCCAAGACUGGUUUCAUCAGGUGAGCAGGUCCAGCCUAAUGCCUAUGCUUUAGCUCAGUGGGCUAAAACAGUCUUGUGGCAUGUAGGUGACCUAGGAUUGAAUCCAGUCAAUCACACCCAUCGCUCUUUCCUCAGUAACAGUCUGAAAAUACUUUUUGUGAAGCACAAAUUAUAUACUAUAGGCUAAGCUGUUAUCCAGGGUGUUUUGUCCAUAGUGUGUUUUAUCUAAAUGUUCAGCACUCCAAGCGAUCAUUUUCAAUCAUUAAUGUAUUGUCUUGUUUUGUAGGGUUGUGGUUUAUGAAGGGAAACAGAUCUUGGCAGACUCAGGACCAGUGUACGACAAGACGUUUGCUGGAGGACGGUUAGGCCUGUUUGUGUUCUCCCAGGAACUGGUCUUCUUCUCCGAUCUCAAAUACGAGUGCAGAGGUGAGUCCUGUAGCGAGCAGCACCGUUCUAGCUUGGUCCCAGAUCUGUUUGUGCUGUCUUGAAUGGUUGGUUGGUGAGAGAUCUCUCCUUUUUGGGAGACAAAAUGCAGCUGAAGGGGAAAACAAAAGUGUUGUUAAAACCUUCUAAAUCUUUUCCAAUACUCAGAUGAGCUGGUGUUUCCAACUGUGUUGUCCAUCAGGUAACAAUCUUAAAGAGGUCUCUGUUUUGUGUCGGCUGUAAAUCACGCUUUGUAAAAAAGAAAACACCAGUCACACUUUUGUUUCUGCUUGACACCUUGCCUGGUUCCAAUGACUUAGACGCUUAGACUAUUGUGUGUGUGUGUGUGUGUGUGUGUGUGUGUGUGUGUGUGUGUGUGUGUGUGUGUGUGUGUGUGUGUGUGUGUGUGUGUGUGUGUGUGUGUGUGUGUGUGUGUGUGUGUGUGUGUGUGUGUGUGUGUGUGUGUGUGUGUGUGUGUGUGUGUGUGUGUGUGUGUGUGUGUGUGUGUGUGUGUGUGUGUGUGUGUGUGUGUGUGUGUGUGUGUCUUUAC